AUGGCAAACAGCCUCGGCCUACCAGCAGUACCGCUGGAGCCGCGUCUGGUGCCGGAUGCUGCGACUUGGCUCUCGGAGCGCUUCUCCAAUGACGAUGAAGAGGAGGUGACGCGGCUCGAGGAAGCGGUGUGUCUGCAGCUGGCGGCGCUGCGAGCGUUGCGGGCACCCCUGCCCCAGGGCAUUGCUGUGUACCGGUGUCGAGCGCCCGGUUCACCGUCACGAAGUGCUGACGCUUCCUCAAGUCGUGGAACUCGCAGCGUGCGUAGAACUGUGCAGCUUCGCCAGCGGACGCGAAGCGCUUACCGGCAGGCCAGCGGCACUACAGCAGCGAACACUGGCUUGCGCACCAACCUCGACACGAGUAUUGGUGCCGUUGAUGAACACAUCAACGACGAGUUGAUCGAUAGUCAAGAACUCGAAGAAGCAAGCACCGGUGAAACAGAGCCGCGGCCGGCGCACCGAGCGACGACAGUUGCGCAUCGAGUGUUUAUUCCACCGCGUUACGUCCUCCCGCAUCAUGCGCUGAUAUACGAACACACGGACUGGUAUCGAGAACGAGUGCGUCUGGCCAUGGAAACAAACAGUGGCCAGUACGCCUCCGCUGAGGCAAGCUCGGGUCGCGCGCCUGCUCCGCGGGCGCUCACGGUGUUCCCGGCACCUGCUGGUCGCGACCGCGAAACAGACUCAUCGCCCAGGAGACCACGCGAGCGUCGGUUUCGUACACGCUUUUCCGGCCAACGUGAGGGUAUCCUCGAAGAUGCACUUGCAACCAUACUUUUCCGCGAUGAACGCACGGGCGCGGGAACCCCUCCCGCUGCAGAGAUGCCUCUGGAUCGGCAGCUAGAUCGAGGACCUGGCCUGCCUGACAGUGCCGAGAGACUGCCGGCUCCUUUGCUUGGCUAUCGCGAAGAGGUUCGUUCUCAUCAGCGACGCGCAUAUGCGCAGCGUGAAGCGUUCGGCAGCCCGCCAACGUCCAUGGUCCUCAGUGACUGGCUAGAGAGCCGUCGUCGCGACGUCGCGGACCCAGGCAGUGUAUCACCAGCCGACGCAAUGUCGCUGUGGAGCGCACCCCGCGCACCUCAGAGGCACAUACCAGGCCGUGGCGACGCAGCGCUCGGCGUCUAUCGAGAGCCACGCACGGGGCAGCGGAGCCUCCAGAGACGCUCGACAGAGGUGUUGUCCACGUCUGUGGAUACGGGUCGCAUUCGAGGCCCGAUAACAGCGAACGAGUCGGCGCCAGAGCUUUUACAUUCACCGCCUUUCCGAGCUGGAUCGAUCGGUGACGAUUCCUUUGAUGCCGGGAGCCUGCGGCUGACUGCCCGAGGACCGAGUCGAGCGCGCCUCUCGGGGCAUGUGGCAUCACGCACUCGUGGACUCCCCGUAGAUCACAUUUCGCCAGCAGAUGCGUCUCUGCCCUUAGACGAAUCGUUACAGACAGAUGAAACGAGCGGGCGCGUUCAUGGACGCGCUGCGCUUCAUCGCAUGAGGCGUAGCGGUCGAGAGCUCGACGUAUCCUCAGUCGCGGAUACGUUCCAUAGCACAUCGGCAGGCAGCGCGAGCCACCACGCUUGGACGAGGGCGCCCAUGGACACUGCACGUUCGACAAGCACAGCUUUUGCAUCGCCGUUAACCCUGGAGCACAGAGAUUCCGCAGGUAGCUCGCCGGGUGACUUUGUUGUGAACGAUUGGAUGUCUGCAGGGGAUCGUUCCUCGCGCACCGACCAGAGCCGAGGCGGUUUCCGGACGGGAACCGGGUCAGCCGGGGAUACCACCACGAUAGAAGCGCUUGGUGGUCGACGGCAUCGCGGACCCAGGGAUCUGGUUGUGCGCAUAGAAGAAACGCUGCGCACGCGAGCCUGGGAACGAUCCACCUCUGCGGAUGCAUCAGCGCGAGCUUCGGGUACUGCCCGCGCUCAGGUUCGCAAUGAACGGCGGCAUCUGGAUUCAUCGUAA